AUGGAAGAAUCACCGCUAUUUUCCCUGAAAUCUUUUCGUCUUCGUUUCGGCUUUUUGCUGACUUUCGGAUUAUGGGCGGUGUGGUCAAUGAGACUGAAUUUGAAUAUGGCGAUUCCGUGCAUGGUCAAUUCCACUUUAACAAGUGGAAAAACGAAAAGUUUUCGCAACGAGACGAAUCAAAUUCCAUUGGAAUGCCAAAGAGCCAGCAACGAACCAGGAAUAUCCAUUGGAUAUGAUGGUACUCUCGAAUGGUCACCUCCCGAACAAGCGAUGCUUUUCUCAUCAACUUUUUACGGAGCUUUUGUAACAAUCUUCUUUUCUGGCUAUUUGGCUGAUCGUUUUGGGGCAAAAAUACUGUUAUUGGCUGCUUCGAUGAUUUUUGUUGUGAUCAGUUAUCUUUCGCCACUGAUCGCCAAUCAUUCGUUUUUCGCCUUUUUCAUCUCAAGACUAAUUAUGGGAUUAGCUGAGGGUUUUAUGUUUCCUUGUCUGAACAGCUUGGCUGCUAGGUGGUUUCCCACAAAUGAGAAGUCGACGAUGGCUGCGAUUUACACGUCCGGGAUUCAGAUUGCUUCUGGUUUCUCUUCGUUAAUCAGCUCGUUUCUUUGCUUGAGCAUCUUUGGAUGGCCAUCUAUUUUCUACUUCUUUGCAAUCACUGGCACGAUUUGGUGCAUUUGCUGCCUCAUUUUCAUCUCCAACUCUCCAUUGGAGAAUCGUUUCGUUCCUGAGAACGAGCGAAAAUUUCUCGAGGUUUACACAAAGUCGACGAAAACGAUAUCGAAAACGGAUUCAAUGCCAUGGAGAGAGAUUCUCACCUCGAAAGAGGUUUUUGCUUGUACUUUCUGCAAUCUCUCAUGUAAUUUUAUCUCAAAUUUGCUUCAAUCAUUCCUCCCGCUAUAUCUGAAGGAGGUUUUAUUGUUACCGAUGAGCCAGAAUGGUUUAUAUACAAUGGUUCCCUUUUGCUCGCAACUUCUCUCCAAAAAUACAAUGGGACCAUUUUCUGAUUACUUGAAAAGGAAAGGGUACAAUCGGACACGAUUGGGGAAAAUCUUCCAAACAAUUAGUGGAUUCGGUUCAGCGAUCGCUGUGAUUCUCUUGUCGAUCGUGCCUUCGUGUGAGCGGCCGUAUUUAGCAAUUCCAUGUCUAAUGGCAUACGGCUUAACCUUUUCCUGUUUGGUGCCUGGCUACUUCACGUCAGUGAUCUCAAUCGCUGGGCCUUACACUGGAACGAUCACAUCGCUAGGCUCGAUAUUGGGCACAAUUGGAAAUCUAGCCGGACCACUGUUGCUAGCGUUGAUGAACUAUUUAGAAAUCGAGAACAAAUGGACGAUAUGUUUAUGCGCGAGUGCUCUUGUUCAAAUGAUCGGCGGUGUGAUCUUUUCAAUGUGGGGAACGGCCGACGUGUUACCUUGGGCUAAAGAAGUGGAAAAGACACCGAAAGCUAUUGAUUCAAUGAGU